UGCACGCACCGUCUCUCGCUUUACACAACACACACAACAGCUGCAGCGCCUGCGUGCAUGCUUAUUGCAGACUCGUGACCCAGAAAGAAAAAAAAAGAAUCAGGGUAGACGUGACUUUAGGAUUGUUUUAUUGGAGCAGCACCGCAUCGAAAUACAAUUGCUUUUAUGCUGUUGAAAACUAUGAAGAACGCGGGGAUGUAGGCUUGAAGUUGUGAAUAAAGAUGACGCAUGACGCUCUCUAGCAAUGUUUUGAUUCUUUCGGCCGUGACGUCAGCUCAAUACUAUACAAAAAUGGUGCCUACUUAGUUUGGAAUCGGAAAGCAAAGUGUUUUCUAACUUUAAAUGUAGCAUUUUCGGCACAAUGCGGGGCUAAAGUGGUAAAACUGGCGAAUUCUCCAAAAAAAUGGAGGCGCACGCAGAAUCUGGACGCAGACUGCGCUCCAUCGGUAGGAGAAUGUACGACGAAAAUGAAGAUCUGUCGGAUGUGGAAGAAAUUACGAGUAUCCGAAGUUUUAAUUUGGAGGAGAAACUUAAAAGUGAUUCAUAUAAUACUAACUACGUGGUGAUGAUGGACGGGAAAGAUUUUACCUACGAGUAUGUGCAAAGAGAAGCGCUCAAGAUCCCCCUAAUUUUUAAAACCAAAGAUGGACUGGGAAUAAGGAUGCCAGAUCCCGACUUCAACGUAAGCGAGGUUAAAGGUUUGGUAGGAAGCCGCAGAGCUGUGGAUGUGAUGGACGUGAGCACGCAGAAAGGGACUGAGAUGAGCAUGGCCCAGUUUGUUCGUUACUACGAGACCCCCGAAGCUGAGAGGGACAAGCUCUUCAAUGUUAUCAGCCUGGAAUUCAGCCAUACCAAACUGGAGAACCUCAUCAAGCGCCCCAUCGUGGUAGAUCUCGUUGACUGGGUGGACAACAUGUGGCCUCAGCACUUAAAAGAGAGACAAACAGAGGCUACAAACAUCAUUGCAGACAUGAAAUACCCCAAAGUUCAGAAGUACUGUUUGAUGAGCGUGAAAGGGUGUUACACCGAUUUCCAUAUCGAUUUUGGAGGCACGUCCGUGUGGUACCACGUUCACCGAGGAGGGAAGGUGUUCUGGCUCAUCCCUCCGACACCUCCCAAUCUGUCCGUGUACGAGGAGUGGGUUUUGUCGGGCAAGCAGAGUGAUGUGUUCCUGGGAGACCGUGUGGAUGGGUGUCAGAGGAUCGAACUGAAACAAGGCUACACCUUCUUUAUCCCAUCAGGAUGGAUCCAUGCUGUGUACACACCCGAGGAUACUCUGGUAUUCGGUGGAAACAUUCUGCAUAGCUUUAACAUUCCCAUGCAGCUCACCAUCUAUGAGAUUGAAAACAGAACAAAGGUUCAUGCCAAAUUCCGCUAUCCUUUCUACUAUGAGAUGUGCUGGUAUGUCUUGGAGAGAUACGUCUACUGCUUGACUAAACGCUCUCAUCUAAUCAAGGGGUUCCAGAGGGAAUCGAUGUUAAUUGAUGAGGAGAGGAAGCUGAGUACAGAGAGCUUCUUCUCAGAUUCUCAAAUGGACAUGGAGGAGGACUCCUGCGAGGCCCAGUCGAGGGAGGAGCGCGGCGAGGGGCAGGAGAGGAGCUCCCGCACCCUGCCGGACGAGUCCUGCUCUCCAGCCGGCACCCAGCCGGCCUCCGAAGGCAAGGACAAGAAGCCGAGAGCCGCCGCCGCCGCCCGCCACCUCAAGCACACCCUCUCCAAUGACUCGGACGACAGCUCCAAAUCCGCAACUGCCGCCGCCCCCCCGGACUUCCCCAAAACUCCCUCUGGAUCCCCCGUGUCAGAGGCCUCCAACAAGUGGACUCACCUGACGGAGUUUGAGCUGAAGGGGCUGAAAGCUUUGGUGGAGAAGCUGGAGUCCCUCCCGGAGAACAAGAAGUGUGUCCCGGAGGGCAUUGAGGAUCCCCAGGCUCUUCUGGAAGAUAUGAAGGUUGUUCUAAAGGAGCACGCUGAUGACGACCCCAAGCUGGCCAUUACUGGAGUACCUGUGGUUUGCUGGCCCAAGAAGUCUGUCAAGCAGCGGGCUGGCAGUCGACCGAAGGGGAAGAUGGGCGCUUCGACGGCCGUCAAGCUUGCCGCCAACCGGGCGACUGCGGGGGCGCGCCGGAGGAGGACGCGCUGCCGCAAGUGCGAGGCCUGCCUGCGGACGGAGUGCGGGGAGUGCCACUUCUGCAAGGACAUGAAGAAGUUCGGGGGCCCAGGCAGGAUGAAGCAGUCCUGCAUCAUGCGGCAGUGCAUUGCGCCCGUGCUCCCUCACACCGCUGUGUGCCUGGUCUGUGGAGAGGCAGGGAAGGAGGACACACUGGAAGAGGAGAAGGAGAAGUUCAAUGUCAUGCUGAUGGAAUGUUCCAUCUGUAAUGAGAUCGUGCAUCCUGGCUGUCUUAAGGUCAAAGAUGCAGGAGGGUUGGUGAACGAUGAGCUUCCAAACUGCUGGGAAUGUCCCAAAUGCAACCAUGCUGGAAAGACUGGGAAAGCCUACAAGCAAAAAAGAGGACCAGGGUUUAAGUACGCCUCCAACUUGCCAGGGUCCCUGCUGAAGGAGCAGCGCGUCAACCGCGAGGUCAAGGAGGAGGCCGAGCCCGCGGCCGCGGCCAAGAGGAAGGCGGAGCGCGAGGAGAACCCCGGCAAGCGCAAGCCGGAGGAGCCGGCGAAGAAACGGGCGCCGGCCCUGCUCCCGGACGCCCUGCCGCGGCCCGCGCCGGAGGAGACGCCGCUGAGGAAGAAGAGGAAACUCUUCGACAAAGGGGCCGAGCCCAGCACCAGGAAACGGAGGAAGUCCUGGAAGACGCCAGACGACGCCAAGCCCCUGCUGCAGAUCAAGACCGAGCAGGACGAGGAGUUGGAGGAGGAGGAAGAGGAGGAUCCGGAGGGAGAAGAGAAGGAGGCCGAGGAGAGGGAGGCGGAGCAGGAGAGAGAGGCGGAGGAGGAGGCGGCGGUAGCGGUGGCGGCGGCGGCGGCAGGGCCGGAGGGAGAGAGGGAGGAAACCGAGGAGGAGGCCGGCUGCGAGGACGGAGGGGAGGACCUGCUGGCCGUCCCCCAGAAGACCCCGGCGCGGGAGAGCGACCAGUCGCGCUCCAGCUCUCCCCAGGCCGGGCCCAGCAGCGAGGGGGGCAGCGAGCCCCAAGAGAAGGGCCGGCUGAGGGCCCGGCGAAAACGUCGGCUGCCCAACAAGGAGCUGAGCAAGGAGCUGAGCAAGGAGCUCAACCUGGAGAUCCAGAAAACGGAGGACUGCCUGGCCAACGAGAACUGCCAGCCCCUCAAGUCGGAGCCUGAGAGCGAGAACGAGGAACCCAAACGGACUCUCAAUAACGGCGGCGAGCUGGGGAGCGAGAGGCUCCACCACAAGAGCAGGGAGAUGAACUGGACGCCCCGAGAGUUGCGCUACCACCAUCACCACCAUCACCAGCAGCAACCGGCGCAGCAGCAGCAGCUGUCCCCCCUCGGCUUCAACCGGAGCCCCCCCAGGACGCCGGUCUCCGGCCGCCCCCCGCCGUCCCGCUCGCCUCCGAAGGGCAUGCAGAUGGAGCGCCACGUGAUCCGGCCACCCCCCAUCAGCCCGCCGCCGGACUGCCUGCCCCUGGACGACGGGGAGUCCCACGUAAUGCGCCGGGAGGUGUGGAUGGCCGUGUUCGGGUACCUCACGCACAAGGAGCUGUGCGUCUGCAUGCGCGUCUGCAAGACCUGGAACAGAUGGUGCUGUGAUAAGAGACUGUGGACUAAAAUUGACCUAAAUCGCUGCAAAUCAAUCACCCCCCUCAUGCUCAGUGGCAUUAUACGAAGGCAGCCGGUGUCCCUGGACUUGAGCUGGACAAACAUUUCAAAGAAGCAAUUAAGUUGGCUCAUUAACCGAUUACCAGGUCUCAGGGUCCUGCUCCUGUCUGGGUGCUCUUGGGUGGCCGUCUCUGCACUUUGUACCUCCAGCUGCCCCCUGCUGCGGACUCUGGAUGUCCAGUGGGUGGAGGGACUGAAAGAUGCCCAGAUGAGGGACCUCUUGUCACCACCAACUGACAACAGACCAGGUCAAAUAGACAAUCGGAGUAAACUGCGGAAUGUUGUAGACUUACGUCUGGCGGGACUGGAUAUUACUGACGCCUCCCUUCGUCUUAUAAUCAGACACAUGCCUUUGCUUUCCAGACUGGACCUCAGUUACUGUAACCACAUAACUGACCAGUCCAUUAACAUUUUAACCGCAGUGGGAACGACAACUCGGGAUUCCCUAACAGAAAUUAAUCUGUCAGUUUGCAAUAGGGUUACUGACCAGUGCCUGACCUACUUCAAACGAUGUGGGAACAUCUGUCACAUUGACUUGCGGUACUGCAAACAAGUGACCAAGGAAGGCUGUGAACAGUUCAUAGCAGAGAUGUCUGUAAGCGUACAGUUUGGACUUGUAGAGGAAAAACUGCUUCAGAAACUGAGCUAGUUAAUACUGGACAUUAACACACAAGAUAUAAGUAACAAACUGCCCUCCUUUCAAAUGGAACAGCAACAUGUGGUUUCUCAGACUUGGUUGUUUUUAACUUGGGAUUUUUUUCACAUAAAGGGGAUAAUCAACAACACUGGAGAAAAAAAAAAGAAAAACAGACCAACAGACAACAGGUGCAGAAACAUAAAAAAUGAUUUAGAUACAGAGGAUUGGAGAUCAUGUUUAGGUCUCGUUCUGGAUAUUGCUUCCCCUCAGCCCCAGAUACUGAAGGAAUCAGGCUCAUACCAUUGUCCUGUUAAACCUUGAAUUUUUUUUUUUCUGAAAAUGGGAUUUUUCAACUUGUACAGAAUCUGGGCAAAACUUGGCUUUGUGGAGCGAAUGUCAAUAAAAGCAUGUUGGUUUUUUUUUUGUACUGUUAAGAAUUAACAUUUAAGUUGUAAACUUGUAAAAAAAAAGUCACAUUGUGUUUAAGGAAUAUGAAAGGACCACACUCAGUGCAGUCAUUUUUUUUUACCUUGUUUAUUAACGAUGUUGUUUUGUUACAAUACAAACCUCAUGCAUUAUUCAGAAAUAUUUUUGUAUGAGAAAGUGUUUGAAGCUCUCUAUAUAUGCAGUAUUGAAUGCACCCUGGUGUAUCAUUUUAAUUGACAGUUUUCAAUCUGCAUUUUUCUUUGGCUGACUUUAACCUGUACUUCAGAUUUAUGCUUAAAAUAGCUUGUCCAGAUCGAGGUGUUAAUAUAUUAAUUUAUGCUGUGGUGUUUUAUCUGACAUAGGUAUUCAGACAUACCAGUUCAGAGGUACUUUCAGAUGCCUAUGUAUCAAUGUCUAUUUCAUUGUCUUUAUACCUGGGAAAUCUAGGAAAACAAUUUGCACUGUUUGACUUGAAUAAAUAUAGCUAUUUUUUCCAAGGUUCAUCAACUAUUUAUAUCGGGAGGGUUGGAGGGCUGUUUUGUAUAGACACCCUAUUCUAAGAGACCAUUAUGUACCUAUAACAUGCUUUAGCUGUAAAUUUUAGCAAAUGCCUGAAAUUGUGACUGUUUAAUAUGAACUAAGCACUAGGACUUGACCUUUCUAAAGCAGAGAAAGGAUCCCAGAAUCUUUUAAGGAAUUUAAUUAAUUUAAAUUGUGAGUUCUGAAUUCUAAAAACCGUGCUUACAGAUAUGCAACAUACAUAAUUUAAAGUAACUAGACCCUGUCAGACUAAGGAGAACACCAUCUUGCUGCCAGCUGUUUCUGUGGUACCUUUUCUAUAUAUUUCAUGUUUUUGCAUCAUUAUCCACUUACAGUAUUUUUUCCUCAGAUUAAAAGUCUUGUGCCUUGCAGGCAAGAGUUGGAGCCAUCUAAUUAUAGCAGGUUGAGUAUAUGGUUUCGUACUCCUAGAUGAUUUCUUAGGGGUUUUUUACUUAAAUCACGUCAUUUUAUAUACACCAAGCAUAAUUGCCUUUUUAAAAAAAAUGAAGUUCAUUUAAAAAUGAAAAUUGAAAACGCGGAUCGGGACAGUUACCUGUACAGUAUGCCGUUACCACUUUACCAAAUAGUAUUUGCUUCCUUUUUGAUAAAUACUGUACAAGUAAAGUUGAUAUCAAACCAUACCAAUGCUUCAAGGGGUGUGUAUUUACAUGAGGUGUAUAUAUGCAGUACACUUACACCUAUAUGAGUGUACUUGUGCACCUCAGAUGUUUGAGCAGGGAACUAAUGUAUGUUUAAGAGUUAUAUAAAUUAGGAAGCCUGUUAAAACUUGGUUUACUGAGGGCAGCAAUGUAUGUAAAAUUAAAAAAAAGUUGCCAUUUAUACGUUCCAAGGUUUUGCGUGGGUGCAAUGAGGGUAAUGGGUAGACUGAAGUUCAGUGAAGACGCAGGCAAGCCAGCUUUCUGCUUUGGAUAGCAAACGUUUUGGGGGAAAAAAAAGUUCAGACCAAGAAUGGAAUUUAAAAUGCCAUAUUGUUGUUAUCAGUUAUUACAGAUCACAUUUCAGAUGUGCAGGAAGAUAUAUGUAUAGAUUUUAUUUUUUAAAAGCACUUCCCUAUGAACGAAUUUGAAAUACCGGAAAAAAAAAUAAACUGUGUUUUUCCUUA